AUGCCUUUGCUUGGUACCGAUGAGAAUAGGGAUGGUACUGUGCAGGAGGCUGAGAUCUCACCUGUGAUUGGAAACUUUGAGGUUAAGGCUUAUCCACAGUUACUGAAACUCUGUGGUGAUAUGGACUCAGCAUGGCUCCAUAAGUUUGUAUCAGACAACCGCAAGAACCUUGCAUCACUAAAGGAGGAGAUUCCUGUGGCGUUCAAGGCUGCAGCAAACCUGGCGAGCUUGGUGUUGAACUCUUUGGAAGGUUUUUACCCCAUGGAGGCACCAAACACUGAUGGGAAGAAAGACGCUAACCUCUUGGGGAUGCGUAGGACCUGUCUCAUGUUGAUGGAGUGCCUUAGCAUACUGUUAUCUGGUUUAGACAGAAACUCCCUUGCUGCUGUUCUUCAAAAGAUGUUAAGCAGAAAACAAAAGCUAUUGCUGAAGGAUGGAAUCCACUGCUGGGAAAUCUUGAGAUGGAUGCCUGCAAUGGUCAGGGAUAACAGAACAGACUGGGUUCUCAAAGUGAAUGAACCAAUAGCAGGAAACUACUAUCCGCUUAAUCUGGGAAUCUACACAAAAGACAAGAAAGUAGAGUUGUCGGUGCUGGUUGAUAGGGCUACUGGUGGUGGUAGUAUCAAAGACGGUGAAAUAGAAUUGAUGCUCCACAGGCGCACUUGCAUGGAUGAUCCGAGAGGAGUGGAGGAGAGCCUUGAGGAAACUGUGUGUAUCAAUGGUACAUGCACAGGAUUAAGGGUAUAUAAUUUACUUGCAGGCCGGAGAAGAGAGUGA